UCGUGCAGUGGCUUGGGCAGCCCAGGGAGCGCGGCGUGAUGUCUUGGGCGGAGUUCAUGCACCUCGGCGCCUCGACGCCCGACGACGAACUGCAGCAACGACUCAGCCUGCAGGCGGUCAACCAGUGCUGCACUCUGAUCUACACCUCAGGCACGACUGGUCCUCCUAAAGGCGUGAUGUGUUCCCAGGACAACAUCACCUGGAGCGCUCGCGCUAUCGCUGACUUCUUCAGCCUCAAGCACGACGACUCGAUCGUAUCCUACCUACCGCUGAACCACAUCGCGGCGCAGAUGGUGGACUUGUACGUGGCCAUGCCAUCUCGUAAGCUCGAUGUCUUGGUUGCAGUAAUCACAGUACUCGUUCAGCCCACGGAGUUUUUGACUGUGCCUCGCCUGCUGGAGAAGAUACACGAGCAGCUGACGGCGGCUUCGGCCGAGUCUUCUCCUGCUAAGAGAGCCGUCGCCGCGUGGGCCAAGAGGGAGGGAAGCAACUACUACAGGGCGCUGCGGGAAGGGAGGAGAUUGACCCAGAAAGAGCAGCUGCGCUACCGCCUCGCUAAAAUGCUGGUCUUCAGUAAAGUCAAGAAAGCCCUGGGCCUUACCAACUGUCGCAACCUUACUUCUGGUUCUGCACCUCUGAGCCCAGAGUUGGUGGAGUUUUUCUUCUCGCUGGACCUGCCCCAGAGUAACGUCUGGGCUCUGUCUGAGUCAUGCGGUAUCGGGACCAUCAACCACCUUCACGAAGACCGCUACCGCACCGGCAGUGUUGGCAAGGCCGUUCCUGGUGCAAAAAUUUCCAUCCAAAAGUCUGACGUGAGCAGCCGCCAGGGAGAAGGAGAAAUUUGCAUGAAGGGACGCAACGUUUUCAUGGGAUACUUCAACAACAAAGAGAAAACUGACGAAACCAUCCAGGACGAUGGUUGGAUGCGCACGGGCGACCUUGGUCACCUGGACGAGGACGGCUUCCUGUACGUGAGCGGGAGGGCAAAGGAGAUUAUCAUCACUGCAGGAGGUGAAAAUAUUGCGCCGCUGCCCAUUGAAGCUGCCGUCAAGAAGCUAAUUCCUGCUGUGGCUAACGCCGUAGUUGUGGGCGACGGCAAGAAGUAUCUCUCGAUGCUGCUGACCUUCUGCUGUUCCGUUGAUCCGGACACAAUGGUCCCGCACGACAGUCUGUCCGCUCCCGCGCUCGACUGGCUGCGUGGCUUGGGCAGCGCCGUAACAACCGUCACGCAGCUCAGGGAUGAGGUGCAGCAGCAGCCCAACGGCAUCAUCGCUACUGCCAUUCAGGCAGCCAUCGACGUGUACAACUCAGAGCACGCGACCUCCCGCAUCCACCAACUGAAGCGCUGGUCGGUGCUGCCGCACGACUUCUCCCUUGCCACCGGCGAGCUCAACAACACACUGAAGCUCAAGCGCAGCUACGUCACUGAAAAGUACAGUGAACUCAUCGAAGAGAUCUACUCCAGAUAACCCACCUCGGACACACUAAUGACCUCAUCGA